UUGUGCACAAAUUGCAUGUGUAGACAGAUUUAUUGGUGCGUCAAAUAUCCAAAUUGGUUAUUGGUGGAUCGGCCGGUGCGGACACAACUCCACACUGAAUCACCAACCAAAUCAAGACGCGCACAGAGAGAGAGAGAAGAGGAAAUGCCGGCGAGCGCGACAGUGAUCGGAGCCCUACUGGGACUGGGCACCCAGAUGUACUCCAAUGCCCUCCGCAAACUCCCUUACAUGAGGCAUCCGUGGGAGCACGUGUUGGGCAUGGGAUUGGGGGUGGUGUUUGUGAACCAGUUGGUGAAGUGGGACGCUAAGCUUCAGGAAGACCUAGACAAGAUGCUUGAGAAGGCUAAAGCUGCCAACGAGCGCCGUUACUUUGAAGAUGAGGAUUAGGCGAUUAGCAAUUGGGUGGUGUGAAAUGAAGCAUCUUGAGACGUGUCAUUCACUUUCCUGAGAACGUGGCUUGUAAACCAGAUUAUACUUGGGUUGUAGACUCUUAUUUGAUUAAACUAUCUUUUGUUCUUUGUUUAUGAGGUUGUUUGAACUCCUGCUCACUGUUGGCAUUUCGGAGCACAUACUUUGAACUGGUUUGUACCUCAAUAAAUGUUAUUGUUGAAAGCAAUAGAUGCUUCGAUGCAACCCCCUUUUCAAUUA